GACAUUUCCAGCAUGCCAAGUGUAUUCUAGCCUACGCGCGCUUGCCGCUGGACACAUACCUAUGUGACACGGUCCUUAAUACAUAAGAAUGGUCGAGUCGGCUGGUCUGUUCGCUGAUUACCUCGCGUCGCUGCCAGCCGCGCAGCUAGACCGGCUAUACUCCUCCCUCUACACAUGCCAGGCCGUGCUUAGGUCCCUCCCCCCGCUAGCCAAGCAGUACGUGCUGCGCCUGCUCUUCCUCACCGACCCUGUCCCCGCUGCGCUCGUCGCUGAUUGGCCCAAGCCAGAGGCGCAGAGCAAGCACAAGGCGUCCCUUGAUAGGCUGCAGCAGCUGCGGCUGCUGCUGGCGUGCAGUGAAACAGGGUCGCUCUCAGCAGCAUCAGCAGCAGCAGCAGCACCAGCAGCAUACCGCCUCAACCCCACCUUCCAGCAGCAACUGCAGCAUGCACUCACGUCAGGAGCGCCUGUCUCUCGCCCAAGCGUCCCUGCCUCUGUGGCAAGUCGCCUGCCUUCCGCGGCUGAGCUGGCAGUGCACGCCACCAGCCACUGGGAGUCGGUCCUGAUGCAUCUCGUGUCGCCCCCGUCCAUAGCGGGUGGCCAUGGUGCCGCUGUUAUCACUCGAGUACUCAUCAGAGCUGGCCUCCUCAUCCAAACGGGCUCCUCUCUUUCGGUUGUCUCAUCCUUGGCCUUCCCCUUCCUUCUCAAGGAUCGAAACGAGCAGCUGUGGGCGAUAGUGUCGAGCUACAUCGAGUCGGCGCAGGACCGAGGGCAUGACAGUGGGGAUGUGAUCGCCUUUCUUCUGGAGCUGGGGUUUCACAGCAUAGGCACGCCAUACAGCAUGUCAACGCUGACCAGCAUGCAGCAGGAGGUGGUGGAGGAGAUAGCUCAGCUUGGAUUCGUGCUCACACAGAAGGGGAGGCACGAUCAGUGGUUCAUACCCACGCAUCUGGCAGCGGCCCUCUCCUCCAGCCUAUCGGAAUCUGCCACGUCAGAUUCUGAGGGCUUCAUUGUGGUGGAGACCAACUUCAGAGUGUACGCGUACACGCAGUCAAAGCUGCAGGCGGAGAUUCUCUCACUAUUCAUGAGGCUGGAGUACCGCCUGCCUAACCUGGUGGUGGGCAUCAUGAACCGAGAAACCGUCAACAACGCUCUCGCACUCGGCAUUGUUGCAGAGCAGAUAGUGCAGUACAUGCGAAAGAACGCCCACCCACAGGUGGCCAUCAAGCCCCCUGUGGUGCCAGAGACGGUGGUGGACCAGAUCCGCCUGUGGGAGUUUGAUCGCAAUCGGGUGGCCACGACUGCUGCGGUGCUCUAUGAUGACUUCCCCACCCAGGAGGUUUUUGAAGCCAUCGCACGGCAUGCGCAACAGAUUGGUGCAUUGCUGUGGAAGGAUUCAAAGAAAAGGAAGUUUGUUGUUCGUGCAGACGCACAUGACAGUGUGCGGACGUUCAUUCGCCAUCUAGGCAGCAAGAAGAAGAGACGUAGUGAUGCUUGAUUCUUGUCACUUGCGAAAUGGUGCAAUAUAGGCCAAGUACCCUCUCCUACCACGUGCAUUGAAUAGAUGAAGUAGCUUAGUGGUGGUGUAUCGUAGUAGAGGCGUCUGCGUAACAGCGUUCUGUGACGAAUUCCGUUACCUACAGCAUGGAAUGUUGAC